ACAGUUCCCUCUCUUUCACUAUACUGUCCAGUAUAACCACUUGCACUUUCUCUCUUCUUCUUCUUCUUAAUGAAACUUCACUCCAUUGCCGCCUAUUUUCUUCUCACUUAACAGUUCUUCCAUGGCAUUUUCUUUUCUCUUCCUUUUCGUUUCCUUUUUACUACUCACAGUUUCAGUUUCAUCAACUUCAAAUAACCCAAAAACAUUUAUAAUUCACGUCCAACACGAUGCUAAACCUUCUAUAUUCCCAACCCAUGAGCACUGGUACGAGUCAACUCUCAGAUCUAUAGAAAAUGGUGAUACUUCUAUAAAUCGUAUUAUUCACACUUACAGUAAUGUAUUUCAUGGUUUUUCUGCUAAAUUAUCAACUUUAGAUGCUAAAAAGCUUGAAACAUCACCUGGGGUUCUUGCGAUUAUUCCUGAACAAGUUCGUCACGUUCAAACAACAAGAUCACCUGAAUUUCUUGGAUUGAAAAGUACAGACAGUGCUGGGCUACUUAAAGAAAGUGAUUAUGGGUCAGACCUUGUUAUUGGUGUAAUUGAUACUGGGAUCUGGCCUGAGAGAAAAAGCUUUAAUGAUCGUGAUCUUAAACCUGUUCCAGCAAAGUGGAAAGGUGAAUGUAUGGCUGGAAAAGACUUUUCGGUGAGUUCAUGUAACCGGAAAUUGAUUGGAGCGAGAUAUUUUUCAAAGGGAUAUGAAGCUACAAAUGGGAAAAUGAAUGAAACGAAUGAGUUUCGAUCUCCUAGAGACUCUGAUGGACAUGGGACCCACACAGCUUCAAUUGCCGCCGGGAGAUAUGUAUUUCCGGCGUCUACUCUGGGUUAUGCGCGUGGUGUUGCUGCUGGUAUGGCUCCAAAAGCUCGUUUAGCUGCUUAUAAAGUAUGUUGGGCUUCUGGUUGCUACGACGCCGACAUUCUAGCAGCAUUUGACGCUGCCGUUGCUGAUGGUGUCGACGUCAUCUCCCUUAGUGUUGGCGGAGUUGUUGUUCCUUACAACCUCGACGCAAUUGCUAUUGCCGCAUUUGCUGCAACUGAUGCUGGAAUAUUCGUCUCUGCUUCCGCUGGAAAUGGCGGUCCUGGAGGACUCACAGUAACCAAUGUAGCACCUUGGGUUACCAAUGUUGGUGCCGGGACAAUUGAUCGUGAUUUUCCUGCCGAUGUUAAGCUUGGAAAUGCGAAAAUUAUCCCCGGAGUGAGCAUUUAUGGUGGCCCGGCGUUAGCUCCCCACCGACUCUACCCGCUAAUUUAUGCUGGAAACGAAGGUAGUGAUGGGUAUUCGUCUUCACUGUGUUUAGAAGGCUCAUUAAACCCAAAUUAUGUCCAAGGCAAAAUCGUAUUGUGUGAUAGAGGUGUUAAUUCGAGAGCUGCAAAAGGCGAAGUGGUGAAGAAAGCAGGUGGAAUAGGGAUGAUAAUAGCAAACGGAGUUUUGGAUGGGGAAGGGUUAGUGGCUGAUUGCCACGUGUUACCUGCCACUGCAGUUGGGGCUUCUGCCGGUGACAAGAUAAGGAAGUACAUAUCGGCUGCAUCAAAGUCCAAGUCACCGCCAACGGCAACCAUUUUGUUCAGGGGUACUCGUUUAAAUGUCCGGCCCGCACCAGUAGUGGCUUCAUUUUCAGCCCGUGGCCCAAACCCGGAAACACCCGAAAUCCUGAAGCCCGACGUAAUUGCACCUGGCUUAAAUAUUCUUGCAGCUUGGCCUGAUGGUGUCGGGCCCAGUGGGCUUCUGUCCGAUAAGCGUCGAACUGAGUUCAACAUUUUAUCAGGAACAUCCAUGGCUUGCCCACAUGUAUCUGGGCUCGGAGCAUUGUUGAAAGCCGCCCAUCCGGGAUGGAGCCCAGCAGCUAUAAGAUCAGCAUUGAUGACAACUGCAUAUACGGUUGAUAAUCAGGGACAAAUUAUGAUGGAUGAAUCUACUGGAAAUUCGUCGACGGUGAUGGAUUUCGGGGCAGGACAUGUGCACCCGCAAAAGGCAAUGGACCCUGGUCUGAUUUAUGACUUAACAUCCUACGACUACGUUGAUUUCCUCUGCAAUUCCAAUUACACAACCAAAAACAUUCAAGUCGUUACAAGGAAGUAUUCAGACUGUAGUGGGGCGAAAAGAGCAGGGCAUGUUGGUAAUUUGAACUACCCUUCGCUUUCAGCAGUGUUCCAACAAUAUGGAAAGCACAAAUUAUCGACCCAUUUUAUUAGGUCGGUGACAAAUGUCGGAGAUCCUGACUCGGUGUACAACGUGAUCGUCAAACCACCAAAGGGUAUGGUGGUGACGGUGGAGCCGGAGAAGCUCGUGUUUAGGAGAGUGGGACAGAAGCUUAAUUUUCUGGUGAGAGUACAAGCAGAGGCAAUAAAGCUAUCACCAGGGAGUUCCAUUGUGAAAAGUGGUUCAUUAGUUUGGUCAGAUGGGAAGCAUGAAGUGAGGAGUCCAAUAGUUGUAACAAUGCAAGAGCCUCUUUGAUGAAAAAACACUCGGGAAUUAAGUGUUUUUCGCGAGGAUUAUUAUGGAUAACUUGUGAAAAAAAAAAUAUGUAUAAGAGAGAGAGAGUGCUCUCUACUCUCCCAUGUUUAAGUUUUUGAUCAUAAGCAACUACAAUGUUUAAUAUGUAUGUUGACAAGGAAGUUUGAAAAGGUGAAUUAAGACGAGUUGGGAGUUGGUUGUUUGUCAAGGCCAUGAAGAUGGCUGAGUUCGCCUAGAGUUUUGAAGAAGCAUAUUAUAUAGUAUUAUGUUUGGUUUCUUUGUAGCAUUAUAUUAGUAACAUUGAAAAAUGCUCUGUACAAA